AUGAUGCUGCAAAUCCUCGGCGUGACCCUCCUGCUGCUGGGAGCCUCGGCCGGGGAGAAGGAGCGCCAGCGCCGACACUCGUAUUCCGGGGAGUACGGCUCGGGCUCGGGGACCCCGUUUUCCUAUUCGGGGCCGGACCGAUGGGGCCCCAUCACGGCUCUCCGGAUCUGGGAGCAUUGCAACAGCUACCUCAGCGGCAUCCAGCUCCAGUUCGGGCACCGGUGGGGCGAGCUGUUCGGGGCAAAGGUGGGGAAGGCGCUGGAGGUGACCCUGUUACCCCGCGAGCACAUCACGCAGAUCUCGGGCAAACAUUACACCUACAUCUACCAGCUCAUCAUCUCCACCACCCACGGGCGCAGCUUCUUCUUCGGCCAGCCCUACGGCUACUCCUUCAACGCCGUCCCGCUGUCCCGCGCCGAGUACCUGGUCUUCCUCACCGGCCACUACAGCGGGUCCAGCCUGACGGGCAUCGCCAUGCACUGGGCCGAGCUGCGGGGGCGGGGGCGGGAGCCAGCGGAGCCCAGUGGCGGGGAGUUCCCCAGGCCAACGCAGCUUUUCUCUCUGCCCGGCUUCGCCUCCAGGCCAGAGACCAGGAAGCCAGGUCCUUCUUAG